UGACGUCACACGUUUACGGAAGUUUGUAUUGCCAAGGCGUCAAAAAUAGCCUUUUCUGUGGAACAGAUACUGAACUAGAAUGAAACUCCCACAACAGUAUAUACGACGAAUGGUUUUCUGUGGACGUCAGAGGUCAUACUUGUAGUUUGCCAUAUUCAUACGUCGCGCGUCAUCGUUUUUUGUUGUGAGGGCACCAUCCCGUGAAGCAGCGAAUGAGUCAGCAGCCGAUCAACAGAUUUACUUGAACCUAACAACAUGCGCAUGUAACACGCGAUCUGAGGUGGAAACAACGUCAUAAGACGACUGCUUGUUUUUUUAUUUAUAUAAAGCCUUUCCGAGUUCUCAGAGGACGCAACAAUGGCAGUCCCGGUAGCUGCCACGUUACAUUUGAUUUCUCCAUCAAGCCCGGUGGGUCUCCUGGAGCCGAACAUUCACAUAGGAGGUAGAGACACAGAUUUGGGAAGCUGCUCAAACAAUAAAGAGGAUGACACUCUGCCCUUACAUUCUGCCUGGACGUUCUGGCUUGACAGAUCUCUCCCAGGAACUACAGCAGCUGAAUGUGAGUCUAACCUGAAGAAAAUCUACACAGUCGAGACCGUCCAGAACUUUUGGAGAGUUUACAACAACAUACCCAGUGUUUCCAUCUUGCCACUGAGGUGCAGCUAUCACCUCAUGAGAGGUGAAAGAAAACCACUCUGGGAAGAAGAAAGCAAUGCUAAAGGUGGCGUUUGGAGGUUGAAAGUACCAAAAGAGUGCACUUCUGCUGUGUGGAAGGAAUUGCUCCUGGCCACCAUUGGGGAACAGUUCAGUGAUUAUUGUGCUGCAGACGAUGAAGUGGUCGGUGUCAGCGUCAGUGUAAGAGACAGAGAAGAUGUCGUUCAGGUCUGGAAUGGAAACGCUUCUUGUGCUGAGGAGUCCAACAUUUUAGGCAGGAUCCAGAAGCUCCUUCCACAGACGCAGUUUAAAGCAGUGUUUUACAAACCUCAUAAGGAGCAUCACGCUUUUGAAGGAGGCCGAUCACGAUAUUAGCACAUUUUGUACUUUAAAGCACAUUGUCGGCUACAAUACUUGGGGCACAUUUUGAAGCAGUUGAGCUGACUUUGUUAUGGCACUGAUGGAUCCCUCAUCCACGCUAUUAUUGUUCAUAACAUCUGAAAUUAUUUUUGCUUGCUUUUAGUACAUACUUUAUUACUAACUUGUUUUUAUAUUGCAAACUUGUGCAAAAACAACCAAAAUAUCUUAUCUAUAGCCAUGUAGGGUUGGGUGUUGGGUGAGUCACAGUUGUGGUAUAUUUUGUGUAUUUUCUGGAUCCCAUAUAAAGCUAAAGCUCACAAAUUAUACCUUUUUUAAAAAUCUCACAGUUUUUCCCCCGUUUUUAUGUUAAGGCUAAAGUAAAGUUCCUUAUAGUGAAUGCAGUCAGGUAUACUUGACUGCUGCAACUUUAGCAGAUCAUUGCACUUUUUUUUUUUUAAAUAGACUUUUGGGUAAAUGCGUAUUGCGAAAUGUUUGUUCUUGUUACACUGACCCCAGUGAAUAACACUCAAGUAGUUCCUGAGGAAUAUGAUUGUGCAAUCAGUUCUAGUAUAUUAGCAAAAAAUAACAAACAAGAAAAAAUCAUCAAUGAUUUGGGUUGUUUAGGCUGUUGUUGUUGUCUUUGCCCGAAACAAGCACUUUGUUGUUAUUAGUCUAUCCCUUGAGGUAAAACUGAUAGAAGGGAAAACUAAAACACACUUUCUGACAAAGGGUAGCGCUGUUUUCAUUUCCUGUUUGUUUUAUUUUUUCUUUACAACUUUUAAUAGUAGCUGAAUCAAUGCAUUGUUUUCAAGGGUGUUUCAAGGAUACGUGAAACUCACGUGUUAAAGCACAAUCUCAGUAUAUCUCACAGUGAUAGCAUUAUUUUUUUCUUUAACCUGAAAUGUAGCAUGAUUGCUUUUAAUCUGAAAUUUGGGGACUUUUUAUGACUGAAAAACUUUCGAAUUAGUUUAAUUUCAGAAUCAAUGGUCAUCACACUAAAGACACUUGUUUGGAAUGAACAGCAAACAGAAUAUUGUCAUGUCAUUUGAGGCCGUUUCUAUGAGGCAUUAUUACUACUUAUUACUAAAUUUGACAAAAAGGCUGCCACAGUAUCUUCAAAUCAGAAAUAUUGAAAUGUUAACAUUGCCGAUGACUUCAUGGGGGGGGAGCAUGUAUGCUUGCACAUAUGCAGAUGACCUUUCACUCUUGAGAUCUCAGACCUUUGUAACUGUUGAUCUUGGAUGGUGCCUUGUGUUUACCAGCAAACAAUGUUAGUUGUCAUACGCUCUGCAUGUCUGUUUGUCUUAGUUGUGUUUGAAAAAUAAAGAGUGUAAAACCUUC